AAGCAUGUGUCCAUUGGGACAACCUGGUUGCCAAGGACCCUUUUUCGUUUGUUGGGCCAGCUGGUGGCCGUUCGUCUUUGCCUUGAGGUGCAUCGUGACGCCGAGAUUCAUCGGUCUUGUGUUGAGUGCCCACCGCUUUCCUGAUUACCGCAUCAUUUGACGAGUAUUUGACUGUUCGCGAGCGGUAUACGUCCAGUGCCGACAAGGGUUGCCUUCUUCGCAGGAGUUGUAGAGCAGGGCAGUGGUAGAGUGUCAUAGCCGGGCACAGAUAGUGUGCACCACUGCACGCAAGAAUUUCCGCGCGCUACUGGAACAAAUCUUUCAGUUUUGUCGUGGAGAUGAUGGAUCGGUGCCGUGGGAUUGUGUGGAAUCCGCAGUAGUGAAGUCCGUGGAGGUUUUUGUGCACGCUGAGCACGCUGACUGAGCACGCCGAGCUUUGCAAGCUAUGUGUUGUAUGUUGUCGUCAACAGGGCGUGCUGCGCUGCGCAGUGAAGUCUUUCCAGGCCAGGCCAAGUUGUGAUGAAGUUAAGUGAAAGGUAGACGGGUUUACACUUUGAUAUUCACAUUGCCCUGAUCCUCCUCCCGCCAUCUUGGCGCCGAUCGGUCCGUCCGCUUCGCCGAAGUGCUCACAGCUUCCACUUCCACAGACAUUGAAGUUGCAGCGACAACCACACCUCCACCACCACCACCACCACCACCACCGCCUGUCCACACCGCCGCCGAAGCCCCAAUACCCUACCAGGCGAUCACCAUGGCGGCGGCAAUCAAGGCCCUCAAUGCCAAAAUCCGGUCCAACCCGGUAACCGAUUACUUCUGCUCAACACAUUUUUGGGGUCCAGCCUCAAACUUCGGCAUCCCCCUCGCAGCAGUAAUGGACACACAAAAAGACCCAGACUUCAUCUCCGGCCGCAUGACCCUCGCCCUCUGCGGCUACUCGGGCGUCUUCAUGCGCUACUCGCUGGCCGUAAGCCCCAAAAACUACCUGCUCUUCGGCUGCCAUUUAGUAAAUUUCAGCGCGCAAGUCACGCAAGGUUAUAGGUUUGUGAAUUAUUGGUAUAUGGGGGGUAAAGAGAAGGCGCUGGAGAGUAAGGCGAAGGAAGGGUUGGGGCAGGCGAAGGAUGCGGUGCAGAGGGCGAGUUUGAAGGCUGGAGAGGUGGUGGAGGGGGCUAAGGGGAAGGUUAAGGAUGUUGGGGGGAAGGCAUCAUCAUAGGGGUGGGAGAGGGAUGGGAAGAGAGGAUUGGGGGUGUGGGUGUGGAAGAGAAGCUGCGUGUCUAGCUCCGAGAUGAGCGGGUUAGAGAUACCAGGGCUUUAAAGGAUGUGUAUAGCGGCUUGUGAAUCAUCAUUGAAGCAUUUCGGCAGGAUAGGGAAGUAGGAUUCCGCGUCUCAAGCUUAGGAAGCGUUCGAAUGGGAGGGAACAAAUCAGCUGAG